AUGUUACUUGUGACAUUUUGUUGGUUAGCAUCGAUUCGUUUUAAUCAUUUAAUUGUUCUUUCACCUAAUCAAUGUGAUACAUUUCAUUCUUUUAUCUUAAAAUUUCUAUGGAUGUUUUUUCCAAUUGUACCUUGUACAUCUUAUCAACAACAACAAUGGUCUAUUCUUUAUGAUUUUAUAUCAGCUAUCAUUAAAUUAUUAAUAAAUCAUUGGAUGUAUCGAUGGCUUCUUACAUGUAAAGGAAGUGAUAGUUAUGCUCGAUUAAUUAUGUUUUAUAUAUUUAUAUUGACAUAUACAUUUCUAUCAGAUAUUCAAAGUGGUCUUGUUCGAAUUAUUACUCGUAAUAAAUACAUGAUAAUAUCAUUGACUAAUUUUCCAUUAUUAUCUCAUUCAUUACGUGAAUUUUGGGGUCGACGAUACAAUCAACUUGUUGGUACUAUUUUUCGAGAAUCUAUUUUUCAACCUCUACUUCAACAUUUAUCUUCUCCAACUAUUGCAGCAUUGUUUGUAUUUCUUAUUAGCGGUCUUCUUCAUGUUCAUUUAGCUUUUAUUACUUUUACAGAUUUUCGAGCAACUAUUUCUACUAUAACUUUUUUUCUUUUACACGGCAUAGCUUGUAUAAUUGAAGUACAUACAUCAUUUCAAAUUCCUGUAUUUUUUUCAUGGUUAUUAACUCAACUCUUUCUACUUGUAACCGUACCUCUACAAAAUGGAGCCUUUACAAAAUUAGGACCUGAUUAUUAUGCUGUCAAUGCACCACCAUUAUUUGGACAAAAAUGGAUACCUAAAUUAGCUGUACCGAACUUUUGUCCCAAUUAA